UGACUGGAUGGAGAAACAUUAAGCUCCUUUCUCAAAGUCUGUGAAAACGCAAAAACAUUUUUCACACAAAUCUUUUUUUUUUCAUGUCACUGACGUCACUAUAAUUCCCGUUUCUUUUUCCGUCUGAAAAAAAAAGCAGCUCCUUAAGUCCAUGUUUAUGAAAGGACUACGAUUUUUUUUCCUCCUUGUCGAACGUACUAACGGAAGCGAAAGUUGUUCAAUCUCUUUUUGUUUAAAAACAUCAUUUCCUUUGUCUUCAGGUACUUCGCUCGGCAGCACUUGCAAGCAUGCCAUUGCCACGUGCCCAGGAGGCAAGACCACAUACCCUGUCACGUGUUCACUGGGAUGUCCAAAGGACUAUUCCAUCAAGGGAUCGUCCACGGUCACGUGUCAAACAUCGGGACAGUGGUCGUCAUAUGCUACGUCAUAUUGCCAACGCAACAAUGAUCCACCCACUCAGAUCGUUUUGUCCGGCUCAGCCAGUAUUCCAGAAAACAAACAACGCGGCACCAAAGUAGGUACAUUUUCGUCUGUGGACCCGAACAGUAAAGACAAGCACACCUAUAGUAUUGUCAGUGGAGGAAGUGGCAAGUUUGAACUACGUGGAGUUGAUCUGUACACACUGACUGUCUUCGACUACGAAUCGUCACCUAACAAAUUUUCACUCGUCAUAAGGAGCACAGACAACGGCAGUCCACCGAUGAAACUCGAGAAAGCAUUUACGAUUUCUGUGACAGACGUGAAUGAGAAGCCUACGGCGAUCCAGUUGUCAAGCAACAACGUCGAUGAGAACAGUGACGUGGACACAGUGGUGGGCAUGCUCAGUACCGCUGACCCAGAUAACGGGCAGACUUAUAGUUAUAGCAUGCUGGAUGGCGCCGGUGGAAGGUUUAAAAUUCAAAGCAACUUGGUGAAGGUUGCAAAGUCCAACAAGAAUUGCUUACUAAACGGUGGCUCCCAGUGCCUACUCAACUAUGAAAGCGUAUCCUCUUACUCUAUAAAAGUCCGUAGUGUUGACAGCGGUUCUCCAUCCCAAUCGGUCAACGCUUCAUUUAACAUCGUUUUGAAUGACGUCAAUGAUCAACCACGUAGUCUAAAAUUGUCCAAUUACAAGGUGACUGAGAACGCACCAUUAAAUACCGUGGUCGGAAAUCUAUCCGCUAGUGAUGAAGACAAAGGCCAAAAACUCAGUUUUUCAUUGGUUGAUGACGACAGUGGCAAAUUUGCUCUGGACAGCAAAGGUGGUCUUUACAAGGCAAACUCCACAGACUAUGAAACGAGCACGGUUCAUUACGUCGUUGCCAAGGUUACUGACAAUGGCCAGCCAGCGCUGUCGAUGACCAAAAACUUUUCUAUUGUGGUGUUGGAUGUCAACGAGGCUCCAGUCUCUAUCGUCCUAGACCAGCAGAGUGUGCAGGAGAAUUCGAAGCCCGGUACCAGGGUGGGCACUUUAACAGCAACAGACACCGAUGCUGUUCAGAAUCUAACUUUUAAACUAGACGAUGAUGCAGCAGGCAAAUUUUCUCUUCAACCGAACACUUCCUGUCAGAAUCUUGCUUCAACCGGAACCCGAUGCACCACAGACUUAGUGGUGAGCGGCGCUAUAAACUACGAAGAUGCGUCAAGCUUGGACAUCAUCGUCCGCGUGACUGACGACAAAGGGCUUUUCCACACGGAAAUGUUUAAUGUGACAGUGAUUGACGUAAAUGAUCCGCCCACGAAUGUUACCUUGGAUGGAAGUGCGUCGGCGUCGAUUCCUGAGAACAGCAAAAACGUUCAGAUUGAUACUCUGCUUACAGAUGACGAAGACCAAGUACAGAGUUUUACUUACGUCUUGAUUAACAACCCUGGAGGUGAUUUCGAAAUUAGCGGAGACAAGCUGUUUACAUCGAAAAACGCUAAUCUUGACUUCGAGUCAUCUUCGAGCUAUCAAAUUACUGUGAAGUCGACUGAUAAUGGAAAUCCACCGAAGUCCGUGGAGAUAUCGUUAGUUGUUAACCUUCUAGACGUUAACGAGAGACCAACCAAAAUAACGUUGUCCAAUAACAGCGUCCAAGAAAACAAACCAUCCGGGACGGUGAUUGGUCAAUUGACUGUCACUGACCCUGACAGACAACAAAGUCACGUGUGCAGUUUAACUGAUUCAGCCAAUGGGAAAGCAGGAAUAAGCAGCAACAACCUGACCGUUGGUAGUGCGGGCGUCAAUUACGAAGAAGCUAGCUCCUUCAGCGUGAAAAUUCUUUGUCGCGAUACAGGCGGCCUCACAGUGGAACAGACAUUUGUUGUUCUUGUUCAAGACGUCAACGAGAAGCCAACCAGUAUAGUGCUCUCAAACAAUAAGAUUCAAGAAAAUCAGCAGAGUGGCACCGUAGUCGCACUUCUAAAUGUCACUGAUCCAGACAAUGUCAACACCCAAGUCCAAACGUUUUCGUUCUCAGUUCUCAGCAGUUCGCAACCUUUUGUAAUGCAAAAUAAUGCUCUUGUCACCACGCGCGUGCUUGAUUUCGAGAACAGCGCUCAGUGGACGGUAAGCAUAACGGCAACGGACACCGGAAAGCCAGCCCUGUCUCUAACUCAAGCGUUUGCCAUCCAAGUGAUUGACGUCAAUGAUGAUCCAAGUGGAAUGACACUCUCGAGUUCUGCUGUCGAUGAGAACAGUGCCAAGGACACUCUGGUUGGGACACUGACGGCGUUAGAUCAGGACACCUCACAAAAGCACACAUACCAACUGCUUAACAGCUCCUCGGGCAGAUUUAAAGUCGAUGGAAACAAACUUAAGGUGGCUGUUUCCAACAAACAAUGUCUGAGCCAAGGAGGUUCUUCUUGUCUCUUGAACUACGAAGCUCAAAAGAGUCAUGUGAUCCGAGUCAAAACGACAGAUGACGGCACGCCUCAGCUAUCGUUCGAGAAGGACUUCAGUAUUGACCUGCGGGAUGUCAAUGACAAACCACGUGACCUACAACUAUCCAAUAACAAGGUGAAGGAAAAUGCAAACAUCAACACGAUGAUUGGCAGCUUUACAUCACGUGACGAGGACACCAGCCAACAGUUGACGUAUUCAUUGUCGAAUGAUGACAGCGGUCGUUUUAGAGUUGAUUCCCAGGGAAGGCUGUACAAAGCAAAGGACACCGAUUAUGAAACCCAGACUACGCACAUCAUUAGGGCGGUGGUAAAGGACAAUGGAAAUCCAUCUAUGAAGAUGGAAAAAUCGUUUACAAUCGAAGUGUUGGAUGUGAACGAGGCACCAAUCGGCAUCAAUAUAACGUCUCAAGGGGGGCAGCUGACUUUCCCCGAUGGACAUGCGCAGAUCCGCGAGAACUCUGCUACCGGUACAGUGAUCGGAAAGCUACAAGCUUUGGACCAAGAUGCUGUUCAGACAAUUGCUUUUAAACUAGAUGAUGACGCUGGCGGGAAGUUUACACUAGAAUCAUCAUCUGCGGGUUGCCAGACAAUCACUAACAUUCCUGGUGUGAACACAAGGUGUACUGUCGAUCUGAAAGUUAAUGGAGCUCUGGAUUACGAAACCUCUAAAGAGUAUCUCAUAACCGUGCGAGUGACAGACAAGAAAGGACUUUUCACUACAAAGCAGUUAAAGAUUAGCAUCGUUGACCAAAAUGAUGCGCCUGAAAAUGUAACGCUUAGUGGAAGUUACACGGCAAGUGUGAAUGAAAACACAAACGGUGCGUUAGUUGGACAACUGAUGACUAGUGACCAGGACGUUGCGCAGUCGCACAUGUAUAAACUCCUGGACGAUGCCGGUGGUCGAUUUGUGAUUCAAAACGACAAGCUUUAUGUCUCGUCUUCGGCAGAUUUGGAUUACGAAGUUCAAAAGAGUUUUACUGUUAAAGUGCAAAGCAAUGACAGUGGCACACCUUCUCUUGGCUUAGUGCAAGAUUUCCAGAUCACCGUCCUGGAUGUAAACGAAGCCCCAGUCAAUAUCACCCUCGCGCCCGCGAACAUCACCGAGAACAGCCAACCUGGUACAGUGAUUGGUCAGCUGACUGUCAGUGACCCGGAUAAUUAUGGAUCACGCGGUACAUGGCAAACGCACAACUGUCAAGUGGCCGGAAACCAGAUUGGGAAAUUCACGAUUCAAUCCAAAGUCCUUGCGGUAGGAAGCGCAAGCAUAGACUACGAGGUGGCUUCAGUGAUAAGUGUGGAGGUGAAGUGUACGGACACUGGCUCACCGCCAUUGUCCCUUGUGACGACUUUAUCCAUCACGGUGAUUGACAUCAAUGAGGCACCUACGGCAAUCUCUUUGUCUAGCGCCGUCAUAGCGGAAAAUCAGCCGCCAUCUCUAAUAGGACUUCUUUCUACCGCUGACCCGGAUAAUGCAAAUCAACCAACAGACCGGCAGUCCUUUACCUACAGGUGCAUGGGUGACACUGCUGGACUUCCGUUCGUAAUCGACGGUAACGCAUUGAAUUCAACAUCAAGUCUGAACUACGAGACCCAGUCUUCAUGGAACAUCACAGUGCAGUCUUUGGACAGCGGUGACCCUCAGCUUAGUGUUGUGACGGAUUUCCAGAUAUCUGUUGUAGACGUCAACGAAAAACCAUUUAACCUCACUUUGUCUAACACAUUCGUGGACGAAAAUGCCCCACAAGAUACAGUUGUCGGAAAGUUUUCUUCACAAGAUCCAGACCGCGCCCAAACUCACACUUACACUCUAACCGACGGAGCGGGCGGGAGAUUUAAAGUGGUUGGAAACAAACUCAAAGUUUCCUUGUCCAACGUUGACUGCCUUAAAAAUGGCGGGGCUUUCUGCAAGUUGAACUACGAGAAACAACCGUCUUACACAAUAACAGUGCGCGUCACCGACAACGGAAGUCCACCUCAGAGCAACGAAGCAAGCAUGUCGAUUUCCCUGAAUGACGUCAAUGACCAACCACGUGACUUUAAACUGUCGAGUCGUACAGUGAAGGAGAAUGCUACACUUAGCACCAAAAUAGGUCGGUUUACUGCUACAGACGAGGACAAGUUCCAAACGCUAACGUUUUCCCUGAUUGACAAUGAUGGUGGAAGGUUUGCGAUUGAUUCUUCGGGUUAUUUGUUUAAGGCUAAGGACACAGAUUACGAGACGAACAAGGCUCACAAGAUUGUGGCGCAGGUUAUUGAUAACGGAACGGUGCCUCUGAAAGUCACCAAGACGUUUACGAUCGUCGUGGAAAACGUCAACGAAGCUCCCAUAAACACAACAAUGACAUCGGCAUCGGGACAACAGUCUUUCCCUGACAACGCGCCAAAGGUGGACGAAAACACUCCGGCAGGUAACACGGUGGGGACACUUCAAGCCCUGGAUCACGAUGAAGUGCAAAACUUAACGUUCUCUUUAGAUGUCGACGCCGAUGGCAAGUUCACCGCGGGCUCACAGGUCACGUGUCACAACAUUACCAACAUCCCAGGCGUGAAAACAAAGUGUACCGCACUGCUACAAGUCAGCGGUGAGCUGAACUUCGAGACGAGUCCCAGUGAAGAUAUCUUGGUUCGCGUGACUGACGCCAAGGGGUUAUUCCACGUGCAGCCGUUCCAGGUCUCAAUAUUAGAUGUUAAUGACCAACCGAGUAAUAUUACUUUGGCGGGUGGUGAUACGGCAUUUAUCGACGAGAACGUAAAUGAUGGUUAUGUCGGUGAUCUCGCGACCACUGACGAAGAUGCAAACCAGACACAUAGAUACAGCCUGAUAAAUAACGGUGGAUGGAAAUUUGCCNCGAUCAUGACAUCAUUACAGAAAAUCUAA